GCUCGAAUAUGCUUUGCUCUUCUCUGCAAAUAUCCUUUCCUCUCUCUCUCUGUUUCUCCUCCACCUUUUCCUUUCUUCCUUUCUUCAUCGUUAUAUUUUCCAUUGUAUAACUCUUUGAUUGACAACGCACUUUCUUUUCAGUCUCAACAUAUCUCUGACUCUCUCUCUGUUUGUUAUCUUUCUUCGGAGUUUGAACCCCAUGGAGCUAGUGCAGGAGCUCUUGGUUACAGCCUCUCUCACUCUCAUCCUCUCUCUCGUCGUAGCUAAGCUCGUUUCCAUGGCUAUGUCUGGUGGCUCUGAUCACGACUCGCCGGCGAAAUCGACUCCAAAUGUUGCUCAAGAGAUUGUCAUGGAGGAUAUUCAGUUCUCGACUGUUCAGAGUUUCCAAAGCGAGACGAAGCUCCAUGAAUCCCUCGAAGAACAGGUCGAAGAAUUCAAAGCUGAACGACCUCUUCACCUUCAGUCCGAGGAGAUCGUGGAAAUUCAGACAGUUUCUGGUGAUCAAAUUCCUGAACUGCUGGAAAAGUCACCGGAGCGAGUUUUGGAAGAAGAGCCUCAGGUCGUUGAAUUGCCGGAGAAGUUAACGGAGGUAGAGAUCGUAAAAGAGAGCUUGGAGAAGAAAGAGGAGGUUGAAGAAUCGUUAACGGAGAAGGAAGUAGUUGCAGAAAUUUCUGAGGAGACGAGGUUUGAUUGUAGCGAAGAGGAAGAUGAUUGGGAAGGAAUAGAGAGGAGCGAGUUGGAAAAAGCUUUUGCGACGGCAGCAAAGUUCGUCGUGGAAUCAGGGGACAAGGAAGAUAGGUUGGUGAAUGUAGGGAGUGAUGUGCAAUUGGAAUUGUAUGGGCUUCACAAAGUUGCUACCGAAGGUCCUUGUCGUGAAUCUCAGCCUAUGCCUCUCAAGCUCUCUGCUCGCGCCAAGUGGAAUGCUUGGCAAAAGCUGGGGAACAUGAGUCCAGAGGUGGCAAUGGAGCAGUAUAUCGACCUUCUCUCAGAUAGAGUUCCUGGGUGGACAGAAGACAAAUUUGCUGGAGGCAUUAAAGCUGAUUCCUCAGAAGCAGUAGUAUCCAGUACUGUUGCUGAAUCGUCAGAAGCUGAAAUAUCCAGUAAAGUUGCUCCUGAUGCUAGCACAUUUUCACAGCAUCAACCUAAUUAUACAGAUUAUAUAGAUGAGAGGAAACCAGAACAGAAGAGUGGAGCUGAGGAAGCUGAUCAGACUGGAGGCUCAAACUUGGAGGACAAGGCGAAAGAAUGAAAGAAUUGCUCUGUUUAUUGAUCUCCCCAACCACAGGGGCUAUUCUCCUGGAUUUGCUUGACUAGCAGCAGGACUGAUUCUUAUCACCAAGUUUAAAUGUGCUACAAGUAUAAGAACUUCUUGUGCUGUUUAUACUAUCAUUUAAUCUGUCCUAAGAUCAUCAUGAUGUUGUGUUGUAAAAACUUGCUAUGUAUGUAUUGUGAAUAUGGGUGUGAAUAAUAUAUAAUUCAGCUGCGAAUCCCAAAAUUUAUUACCUGGCGGUUCAAGAUAAUAUAUUGAUUUUACGUGGAA